CGCACGUCAUGUGUUGUGUAAGCGCAAUGGCGCACAGUAGCGUAGCAGCAUGAAACUCUAGGCGAUUCAUGUCAAUUUGUUUUUAACUUUGUAUUUUACUAAUAGUAAUAACACCGAUGACAUUGUCCAGUUUCGUCGGGUUUGGGUAGUAACGUUAUUUGCUGCUGACGUUCUUUAAAAACUCCGUAGUGGGGCAGUUGUAGUUGACAGCUGAUAAAGUCAAUGCAACCGGGGGAGUGUUCUUGUAACGUUACAUGUAUAACGAACAUGUGAGUUUUUUUAAACAAAGUCCAAGGUGUUGAAAUGGUCUCUCAGAAAAGUUCUCUAGUAGCCACAGAGGGCCUUACAGCCUUCCAGCAGAUGGUGGCGUCCUGCUCUGGGGCAAUUAUUACUUCACUGUUUGUGACGCCUCUUGAUGUUGUGAAGAUCAGACUGCAGGCUCAGAAGAAUCCUUUUCCCAAAGGUAAAUGUUUUGUGUACUGUAAUGGCUUGAUGGAUCAUAUAUGCGUCUGUGAGAAUGGAAAUGGUAAAGCGUGGUACAAAGCACCCGGUCAUUUCAACGGCACCCUGGAUGCCUUUAUUAAGAUCAUACGCAGGGAGGGAAUCAGGUCUCUGUGGAGUGGCCUUCCACCAACGCUGGUGAUGGCAGUGCCUGCGACUGUGAUCUAUUUUACAUCUUAUGAUCAGCUCUGCACUGCUCUCAAGGUCAGGAUGGGAGACAGAUCUGACACGGCUCCACUACUGGCCGGUGCUUUCGCAAGAGUGGGCUCGGUCACAGUAAUAAGCCCCCUGGAGCUGAUCCGCACAAAGCUUCAGUCUGAGAAACAGUCGUACCGACAGCUGAGUACUGUGAUCAGGUCAUCGGUGCACAGCGAGGGCUUGCGGUCUCUGUGGAGAGGCUGGGGUCCCAUGCUGCUUCGAGACGUCCCCUUCUCAGCGAUGUACUGGUAUAACUAUGAGAAGGGGAAAUCCUGGCUGUGUGAUUACUUCAGCUCAAAUCCAACCUUUGCUAUCACAUUCACAGCCGGAGCGGUGUCUGGAUCAAUUGCAGCGAUAGUCACGUUGCCGUUUGAUGUGGUGAAGACGAGGCGGCAAGUGGAACUUGGUGAAUUGCAGGCAACGAAUUUGUCCACACAAGUCUCAUCCAGCACAUACAAUGUGAUGAAGCGGAUAGUGGCAGAGAAUGGCUUUUCUGGACUGUUUGCAGGUUUUAUGCCCAGGCUGAUAAAAGUGGCACCUGCGUGUGCUAUAAUGAUUAGCACAUAUGAGUUUGGAAAAGCUUUGUUUCGCAGACGUAACCUGGAGAAAGACCGGACUGCCGCCCAGCACCUCAUCCAUCACACACCUGAGACAACAGCUCUGCAGCAAAUCACUGAACGCUUCGUCAGAUAGAUUUCUUUAAAAACAAGAGGAAUUAAUAACAGGUUAUCACACCUUUUCCCCAUCAUGUCAAGCUGUGAAAUAAACUGCCUUUCUCUAGUGAACAUAUAUUCAAAAGAGUCAAGAAGGAACACAUGGCAGACAUUUUAGAUUUUUUUAAUUACAUAAAUUAUAUUGUGAUUAAAAAUCAGAUCAGAUUUAAUCUUUAAUAUUAAUGUUUUUAUUUAUUGAUACUUUUUUUCGUUUUUCAUUAUUUAUGGAAUUUUUAAUCGUUACACAAACAAUUUGGAUACCAUUAGAUGUCAUGUUUAUUAAUGUAAUUGAUUUAAUAGUUUUUGUAUAUGAUUUUUUAUUCUCUGUAGUCUGCCGUUUAGUAAUCUCAUUAUUUGUUUGUUUUUGUUAAUAAAUAAGGACAGUGUGUGUUAAUGGUGCCAAAAGCCCUGAAACUCGGGUAACGCUGUUAUGUAAAAGCCCAUUAACU